CUUUGUUUCUUUUUUUCUUUAAUUGUCCAUUUCUAAGUAGAAAAAAAUGUCUAUAUAUUUGUAAAUACUGUAGCUUAAAAUUUCUUCUCUUCAAACAAACCCCUCCUUUCGAUUCUUUGGUUUUUCUCUUCUGUAUAUAUAUAAAUAUACACGUAGAAUCAAAGAAAUUUCUUUGAUUUCUAGUUUCUACCAUUGAGAUCCCAUUUGGGUCUCUUUUUAGAAAUUUCUUUGAUUUCUAGUUUCUACUAUUGAGAUCCCAUUUGGGUCUCUUUUUACAAAAUUCAUUGGUUUGUGAUAUUAGAAAGAAACCAUGUGCUGAGUAAAUUGUCGGGGUUUCUUUUUAGAGAAAUUUACUGGGUUUUUUAGGGGAAAAUAAAAAUUUAUUGUUUCAUUGAAAAAAUUGUUUGGGUCCUGAGAAAAUUUCUGGGCUUUGUUAUUUUCUCGAGAAAAUUAGUGGGUUUGUCUGGGGUCUGUGAAAAUCUUUGCUUUCCUGGAGGAAAGUACUGGGUUUUGAUUUUUAAUUAAUAAAAACCAUUUUUUUUUUUGUGGAGUCGAUCUGGGAUUUUCGUAAGCCAUGGCUGUUUCAACAAUAGCUCUUUACGCUAGUCCACCGAGUAGCGUGUGCUCCACGCCGCACCAGAUCAACAUCAAUUCUCACUCUUCCUACGAUUUCGACUUGAAUUCAAGAUCUUCAUCUUCAACUUCCUCAACAACGGCUUCCUCUUCUUCACAGAGACCCAUUGUCGGGGGCUUAUCAUGCCUCUUCUCCUCACCCUCGGUAAAAUCAAGCUUUUCUAGCGGUGGAGGAGAGGAUUUAGGGUCCUACAGGGGGGAGGAAUUGAAAGAAUUAAGCAGUUCAUUUUGUUAUUCAUCGAGCAAAUUCGGUGGUUCUUCUUUGAAAACCUCUCAGAGCCCAGUAUCGGUGUUUCAGGGCCCCGUUUCGUGUAGUAGCUGCAGUCCUCCGACGAGAAUUGUUCGUGAAAAGGGUGGUGACGGGAAUUUCCAGGGCUCGUUACGUGGUGGGACAAAUGGGUUGUUCAAUGGAUUCGUUAGGAGUGCGUUAGGGUCUUGUAUUGAUUAUGAUUCCCCGAGUUUUGAGGGGCAAAGUAGUGAUUUGGUUGAUGAAUUACCGUUUACCAUGGAGGAUAAUUUCACGGAGGAAGUGAAUCCGGAUCCUUAUGCUAAGGAGUUGCUUUUGGGUGCGCAAAUGAGGCACAAAGUCUUUUGUGAAGAUUUUGUAGUAAAGGCAUUUUAUGAAGCCGAGAAGGCGCAUAGAGGGCAGAUGCGCGCGAGUGGUGAUCCUUAUUUGCAACAUUGUGUUGAAACUGCAGUGUUGUUGGCAUCCAUUGGUGCUAACUCCACGGUAGUUGCUGCAGGGCUUUUACAUGACACCCUUGAUGAUUCAUUUUUGAGUUAUGACUAUAUUUUUAGGACAUUUGGUGCCGGGGUUGCUGAUUUAGUUGAAGGGGUUUCCAAGCUUAGCCAAUUGAGUAAGCUAGCACGUGAAAACAAUACUGCAAGCAAAACUGUUGAGGCAGAUCGCCUGCACACCAUGUUUCUUGGCAUGGCAGAUGCAAGAGCAGUUCUCAUUAAAUUGGCAGAUCGAUUGCAUAACAUGAUGACACUAGAUGCAUUGCCUUCUCUCAAGCAACAGAGAUUUGCUAAGGAGACUUUGGAAAUAUUUGCACCUUUGGCCAAUCGUUUAGGAAUUUCUAGUUGGAAGGAGCAACUGGAGAAUCUAUGUUUCAAGCAUCUCAAUCCAGAUCAGCACAAAGAACUGUCCUCUAGGCUUGUGGACUCCUUUGCUGAGGCGAUGAUUACUUCUGCUAUAGAGAAACUUGAGAGGGCUCUUAAGGAUAAAGAAAUUCCAUAUCAUGUUCUCUCUGGACGACAUAAAAGCUUAUAUAGCAUUUAUUCGAAGAUGUUGAAGAAAAAGUUGAGUAUGGAUGAAAUCCAUGAUAUUCAUGGACUUCGUGUCAUUGUUGAAAAUGAGGAAGACUGUUACGAGGCAUUGAGAGUAGUUCACCAGAUAUGGUCUGAAGUACCUGGAAAGCUCAAGGAUUAUAUAACUCAGCCCAAGUUUAAUGGGUAUCAGUCCUUGCACACAGUAGUGAUUGGCGAAGGCACAGUUCCACUUGAAGUUCAGAUUCGAACAAAGGAGAUGCAUUUGCAGGCUGAAUUUGGAUUUGCAGCUCAUUGGAGAUACAAAGAGGGUGACUGUAAGCACUCUGCAUUUGUACUUCAGAUGGUUGAGUGGGCUCGAUGGGUUGUGACUUGGCACUGUGAAACAAUGAGCAAGGACCAAUCGUCAAUUGGCUCUGCCGAUUCCAUCAGGCCACCCUGCACAUUUCCUACUCAUUCGGAUGAUUGCCCAUUUUCUUAUAAGCCUCACUGCUGCCAGGAUGGACCUGUCUUCAUCAUUAUGAUUGAAAAUGAUAAGAUGUCAGUGCAAGAGUUUCCCGCAAACUCGACAAUGAUGGAUUUGCUGGAAAGAACUGGGCGGGGUAACUCAAGAUGGUCUCCAUAUGGGUUUCCUGUCAAGGAAGAAUUGAGGCCAAGGCUGAACCAUGAGCCAGUGAGCGAUCCUACAUGCAGGCUGAAGAUGGGUGAUGUGGUGGAGCUAACACCAGCCAUUCCUGACAAGUCUUUGACGGUGUACAGGGAAGAGAUACAGCGCAUGUAUGACCGAGGUCUCCCUGUUUCCAGUGCUGGGCGUCCGGCUAGUAGCAUGGUUGGCUCAAGAAGUUGACCCUGUUUGAUUGUUUCUUUAUGAUAAACCCAAAAAAGAAAAAAAAAAAGCAAUGGGUUUUCCUUGUAUAUAAAUGAUGAAUAUUUGUACGGAACAUGCUCUAUGGUUCUGUUACUAGGAAACAUUAGCUAACUGGAUUCAACAAAGAUUAAAACGAUUGAUUUCUCAUAGUUUCCGCCAUUAAUGCAAUUGCAUGUUAGAUUU